UUGGCUGAAACCAAUGCAAACAAGGAAACAUGCAGGCCAAGGCGUUUAUUUGUAUCUCUCUGGGAUUAUUGGCCACGGUCCAGGCCGCCAGCGAUCUAGCCACAGAUGUCAGGCGAUGCUCUGGCAAUAAGCCCUUUCCUCUGGAGGUUCGCGUGGGUGGAUGCAUCACGCCGCCCUGCAAUGUUGUGAAGGGAUCCACGCAGCUGUUCGAGAUCGAUUUCGCCGUGGACAAGUACAUCACAAGCAUGAAGGCCAUGGUUAAGGCCACGACCUUGGGAAUCAUCACAGUGCCGUACGAGCUGCCGCCAGAAGUGGCCGCCGUUUGCCCCAACCUCAUGUACGGCGCCUACUGUCCGCUGUAUCCAACCGAGGAUGUCACCUACUUGUUUUCCUUCCCCAUUGGCGAGUAUCCCGAGAUUGGGGUGAAGGUGGAGAUCUACCUGGUGGAUCAGGAUGGUGAUACAUCCACGUGCUUCGUGUGCGACAUCAAGGUGGUCAAGGGCAAUGGCAGCAGUUGAACAUCAGCAGUCGGGAAAUCGAGAAAAUAUUCUUUCAUUUAUUGGCCUUAAAUUCUGUGAUAUAUGUACAUUUGCAUCUGAAAGCAAAUCCGUUUGGCAAAUCAAUCCCCCCUUAGCUGCUUACCCGCGAGGUCUCAUGAAUAUUUAAUAAAAUUUUAAAAGCCCUGCCUCCCCCCAUA